UAUUUACCAUAUUGCGCACCAGACAUCAAACUACUUUGCUGUGACAAGAAAGAAAAAUGAAGUUUGUGUUUCUGUUGCUCGGUGUAUGUGUAGCCUAUAUGGCAGCAGAGGAUUCAGUGAGAUUUAAGAGGCAGAUGACCCCACCCCCAACUACUAUAUCUAGUACUCUCCCCACCACAAUGACCGCCAAGCCACCUACAACACCCCCUAUUCCAACCACCAAGAUAGCAACUAAUCCGGCACCAACCACAACAGCCAAGGCACCAACAACUAUUGGUCUACCAACAACGACACCAGAUCCAGAAGAAUACAGUGUCCAGGCAAGCAAAACUGAUGACCAUUGCACAUGCAGCGUUCGUGGACCUGAGAUAACAGAGGAAUCGAUUUGCUACAUUGAAAGAGAUUUCCAAGGGUUGCUCGAUCUUGAAGCUACAAUUUUAUCAAUUGUGGCCAAGGCCGAUGGACUAACAGCUAGCACAGUGGGCAAUGAGUUAGUUAGCCUUGAGACACUUAUUGAACAUUUAGAAUUGAACUACCUCAGUCAGUCUAUGAAUAUUAAUUAUCAGGCUUUAGACGAUAUUAAAGUAAAACUGCAACAACUCACAUUUCUUGUGGAAAACCUUGAUGUUAACAAGACAACAGAGGCCCUAGUGAACCAGAUGACGGCUGAUAUGUGGAUCGCUUCAGAAGAGGUGGAUGGACGCUUGGAACUCAACAGUGUUUACAUUCAUAAGGAUUUAGUGAACCAAAUUGCAGACCUGGAGACCAAGGCAGCUGGCUGUUCCAUAGGUGGCGAGAGCAUUGAUGAAAUAGGGGCAUCAUAUUUCCCAGGAGAUUCAAGACCCAUAGGAGAUCUUGAUCAAAGCUUCUGUGAGCGGAACACAUUUACAGGCGUUGGUUGGCCAAUGACACACACCUCUGAGUCUGGAGUGGGGUGGUGGAUGAAAGACCCAAUACCCGACUCUCCUGAGAAUCGCACUGCCAUCUAUUAUGUGGCCGGACAUAGUGGAGCUCUGUACAUGUACAAGUGGAACAACUAUCAUUCUAUGUGGACCCGUGCUUCAAAGACUAGCCUCGGCCGCACAGCAAAACACAUGUACGGGACAAACCAUGUGUUGUUCAAUGGAUCCCUCUACUACUAUUCAAGUCAAAAGACCAUUGAGAGGGUUGACUAUAGAACAUGGUCACCAAAAGCAUCGGUGUCGAUUCCCGAGGUAGAGGCCGUGCCUAACUAUAACCGUGGUGGCGUCACUUACGUGGACAUCAACGUAGAUGAAUAUGGACUGUACAUCGCCUAUGUCCAGAAAGGAACAUCCUACAUCCAAAUUAAACAACUCAACCCGGUUGAUCUGACUGACAUACGUCACUGGGGCACUCACGUUUCUAAGAGUAGCAUCAGUAAUUUGUACUUUGUGUGCGGUGUUAUGUACACGAUGGACUCCUGGAACACCCCAAUACCCAGUGGGAGCCAGUAUGCAUUCGAUACAAGAGCUGAUAAUGGAAGAGGGGCCAGUUUUACUACCAAUAUCGCAAUCCCUGCCAUGUACAAAGAUAUGGUUGAACUGAGUUAUGAACCAAAUAACAGAAUGCUAUUUGCGAUGGAUUCUUCACAUCUGAUGACAUACACACUGAUGUUUGAACCCAAGGCAGUCUCUAAUGCAACUACCACUCCUGCGCCCUAACAUAUGGAUUGACUUGGACUGAACUUUCAAUUCUGAAAAAUUUUCAAGCUUUGGAAUUUUUAACAAAGCAACUUUGUGUCAGUUGAUGGUGCAAAUUGUUGGGUGUUAUAAAUUUUGAACAUUGGAUUAUUCUAGAAACUGUGCCCUUUUUGAUUAUCAGGCAAAUGAUUGGACCAACUUAUAUGUAUCCCCCACAUUUAUAAAUAUCUAUAGAUUUGAGUUUUCAAGUUGAGUGAAUUUAGGCUUUAAUUUUAUUACUAAUUUCUUGGUAUAAUUUGUGGGACCAUGUCUACAAUUUAACAGUAAGCUUGUCCUAGAUUGGUAAUAAAUAUUUGAGAUUUUUCA